ACUCGGAUCGGAAGAAACUGUGGGAGAAUCUCGCUGUCCAGGGGGGUACCCCCGCUGAGUUCAGCGGCCUGGGGAGCAGAGACCCUCCGCAGUUCGCUCCGAUUGCCGAACCAAAUUUAGGCUGAGGAAAAACCAUAAUAAAGAGGAACGGAUCCAGAGAGCUCGGGAAGGCAGGAGCCUUCGGGAAAGCCGCGGCUUGGUAGCUCAUAAAAAGUCAUACGUGCACGAAGACGCCCUCGCAGGAAAAUUGCUGUAAGUACUGUGAGGUUGAGCGGGUGAUCGGGCGAGUUUGUGAGAGACGUGACCUGGUCACGAAGCGAGUGUGGACUUCAAGGCCGCGUUUCCAUCCUCCCGCGAGGGAAUUGGCCGGCCGCGAAGGAAGCGAUUCUGUGUGAAAGUGUCUCUCUUUCCUUACUCGUAAAGCCUGAGGCUAAAGGGAGUCUCAGGGGACCGAUCAAAGGGGGCUGAGAGAGGAAGGGACGUCCAGUCGAGCUCUGGAACUGGUAAACUCUCUCAGCCAAAAGAUUUAGAAAGUCGGAACACUGAGAAAACCCCGGUACAGCUAACCGAGAGGUAAGUAUUGGUGCGAUCUAGGACUUUCAGACGAAGAAAAAGACGAACACAACGCAGAGCAGGUAAGAAUCGUAAGAAAAUGGGACAGAGAAAAAGUAAAACGCAGAAACUAGAUAACGAGAAAAGCGCAUCAGAGGAAUCAAAGCAAAUGCUAGACAUCCCACCAGAGAGUCCUUUAGGGUGGAUGUUGAGAAAUUGGGAAAUUUGUCCCGAGAGACGAGAAAAAUCAAAGGCAAAAAUGAUUUAUUACUGUGCCGAGAUCUGGGGAGGACAAGAACUGAGAAAAUGUCUCACUUGGCCAGUAUUGGGAACAUUUGAUAAAUGGACGUGCAGGGAAUUACUCGCACACGUAGAGAAAAAGGUCUCGCCAGACGGCGAGGAGAAAGAGUAUGCCAAACUCUGGUUAAAUACCAAAGUACGACUGUUUCCAGUGAAACAGAAAAACGAACAUAAGACAGAGACCUGGGAACCCCUGGAUCACUUACCCCCUCCGUACCGCGGGCCAGUAGAGCCUCCGGUGAUGGAUCAAGUAGUACCAUCAGCACCCGAGGGUUCCAUGGGGCAACUAGCAGAAGCACGCUCCCCUCAACCACCGGGAGUAGUGCCAGAAACCCUCACUACCCCCCCACCUGCAGAAAACCCAGCCACCGCACCCUCUUUGGAGUCGGUGUUGGCGCAAGGAUGGGGCUUACCCCCUCCACAAAUCCCGGUCCGGCCACCACAGCUGGGACCACCGAAAGUAUCAGAAGGGAACCCUCUGAGUCACUUAGCUGCGGCAGACAUUCCGCCAGCAAUGAGGGGAAAACCUCCCGCAAACUCCAGUUCCCCUCCUGCAAGCAGGACUCGGUGGAAAUCAAAAAUAGGGAAUGGAGAAUGGGGAGAGACAGAAAGUGGGCACCGAAUGUUCCCUCUCAGGGAAGUGCCAACCGCCCCCGGAGUAAUUGGAUUUGUAAACGUGCCCCUUAACUCAGGGGAUGUACGAGCAUUCAAGAAAGAAAUGGGGCGACUGCUAGAUGACCCAUUUGGAGUGGCCGAAAGAUUAGACGAUUUUCUAGGGAGUAGUAUUUACACCUACGAAGAUCUCAUGGCCAUCCUGAGAUCCCUGUUUAGCCAAGAGGAGAGAGAGAUGAUUAAACAGGCGGGCAUCAGGGAUUGGGAAAGGCGGCACCCGCAGGGAACACCCGGUGACCAAAAGUGGCCGAGCGUAAGCCCGAGUUGGAGCGCCCAGACCGAAGAAGGGAGAAGAAGCAUGAUGGAUUUGAGGAAUAUCAUCGUGCAGGGAAUAAGAGAGGCGGUCCCCAGGGGACAGAACAUUAGCAAAGUAUUUGGGGAAUGUCAAGGAAAGGAAGAAUCCCCUACCGAAUGGUUAGAAAGGUUGCGGAGAAGUCUGCAGAUUUACUCCGGGACUGAUCCCAGUUCCCCGGUGGGGGAGGUCCUGCUUAAAACGCAGUUUGUGGCUAAAUCAUGGGAGGACAUUAGGAAGAAACUUGAGAAAAUUGAUGGAUGGCAGGAGAAGAGUCUCCAAGAGCUUCUAAGGGAAGCUCAGAAGGUUUAUAUGAGGAGAGAAGACGAAAAACAGAAACUUCAAGCCAAAAUAUUAGUGGCUGCAGUAAAAGAAGUUUAAAAACAAGAACAGAAACAGGGUAAACCGAUACCUAAGAAACAAAAGGGAUCUCAGAAGGAGGAAACUCCUCCUCGAAAGGAUUCUCCAGAGUGUUUCUACUGUAAGAAAGUAGGACACAUAAAAAGGGAUUGCAGGAAACGAAUAAAAGAUGAACAAAUAUUUAAAGAAGAUUAGGGAAGUCUUGGGCUCUUUCAAAUGGGGACAGUAACAGCAAAAGAGCCCUUGAUAAAAUUGAAGGUAGGUCCCCACCGCCAGGAAGUGAGUUUCCUGGUUGAUACCGGGGCUGAGAGAAGCACCCUGCAGAAAUUACCUAUAGGGUGUGAAACGAGUAAAGAAAAAGUAAUUGUAAUUGGGCAAGGGGCAUGGUGGAAAAAGCUAGUAUUCUUUAUAGGAUGUUCAAUUGCCGGAGUCAUCUUCUUACCCUGCCUAAUUCCUUGUCUGAUCAGACUGAUACAUUCUGUCGUUCAAGGAAUGCAGAUUGCCUCUCUCCCAAUAGACCCAGAAAAGGCACAAGGAAACGCUACCCUUCUUUCAAAAAUCAUGAAGUUAGAGGAAGAAAAAGAGAGUAGAAAUGCGGUUAAAGCAUUGAGAGAAUUUGAAAACAAACAUAUGUUGUCCCCAGAAAAUAUAGAAGAGUCAGACAUAGAGGAAAGCGGCAUUAUCUAAACCGGUAUUCCUCUGAAAAAGUAUGCAAACACGAAUUUUUAAUGUGGUCAAAUUAUUAGGUGGGGGACUGUAAUAAAGAAUUGGGUGAAU